AUGCGUUCCUCUCUGUUUGCGGGACUUGUGGGUGUGUCUACUGUUGGUGCUGUCAAGCCCUUGGUAGAUGUGUGUUACUCCAAGUAUGAAGGUGUUUCGCUUGAGAAUGGCAUUACACAGUGGUUNGGUGUGCGGUAUGCUGCUCCUCCAGUCGGCAACCUGAGAUUCGCAGCACCUGUUGAUCCAAUCGAGAACAAGACCACCAUCGCGGCCGAUACUUUCGGCAAUAUCUGUCUGGGCACCAGUUCCGCACCAAGUAACACUUCGUCUGAGGACUGUCUGUUCAUGAACAUCUAUGCUCCUACAAACGCCACAUCGGAUCAUCCUCUGCCAGUCUACUUCUUCAUCCAGGGUGGUGGAUUCAACACAAACUCAAACCCCAACUACAAUGGAACCGGUUUGAUCGAGGCUAGCAACCACAACAUUGUUGUCGUCAACUUCAACUACCGUGUCGGUCCUUAUGGUUUCCUUGCAUCAAAUGAGAUUGUGAAGGGAGGAAGCACCAACAAUGGUCUCAAAGAUCAGAUCAAGGCUCUGCAGUGGGUUCAGAAGAACAUUCGCAAGUUCGGCGGUGACCCUAACCAUGUCGUACUUGGAGGAGCUUCUGCAGGUGCUGCAUCCAUCACUCUUCUCCUUACCGCACACAAUGGUCGCAAUGACGGCCUCUUCCACGCUUCGGCUGCAGAAUCUCAAUCUUUCGCUGCCGUCCGCAGUAUUAACGAAUCUCAAUUCAUGUACGACAACCUGGUCAUCCGAACUGGAUGCACAACUUCGAAUGAUACUCUCGCCUGCCUGCGUAGCCUCAAUGCCACCUACCUGCAAACCAAAAACAUCAACACCCCAUUCCCUGGCGCUCAAGAUCCUCCAUUGUACAUGUACGGCCCUACACUGGAUGGCGAUGUGGUUAGCGAUCUUACCAUGGCUGCCUACCGCAAAGGCAACUUCAUCAAACUGCCCGCCAUCUACGGCGAUGACACAAACGAAGGUACUGUUUUCGUGCCUUCCAACACUUCUUCCCUCGGCGAAAGCAACACGUUCCUCAAAGACCAAUUCCCUGCUUUGACUCUCGACCAGAUUCGCCAUAUUAAUGCUUUGUAUCCCAACAAUGCUUCUAACCAGUUCCCCAACUCUGGAGCUUGGUGGAGACAAGCUUCGGACGCUUAUGGAGAACUACGCUACAACUGCCCAGGCAUCAAUAUUUCGGAUAUCUACGCGGCAACCUACAACCGCAAAGACAUUUACAACUACCACUGGGACGUUGUAGACCCUGUAGCAGCAGCAGCAGGCAGAGGCGUCACCCACACGGUAGAAAUCAACGCCAUCUGGGGACCCGAGAACGUCAGAGGAGGCGCGCCUGCUUCCUACUCGACUGUCAACGCUGCCAUCGUGCCUGUUACGCAGGCUUACUGGACGUCGUUUAUCCGCACUUUCAACCCUAACACUUACCGCCUGAAGGGCAGCCCGGUCUGGGAAACCUGGACUGCGAGCCAGAAGCAGAGGUUGCAUUUUGUCACCAACGCUACGGAGAUGGAAACUGUGCCUGUGCAACAAAAGGAGAGGUGUGCGUAUCUCAGCAGUAUUGCUGUGGAUAUCAAGCAGUAG